AUGCCGCUAACCGGCCAGUUUGCAGAAGGUAGCAAUUUUUCACCAAAAGCCAGCACCAGUAAGCUGCCGACAGAUGCAUCUCCCGACUCCAAGUGCCCCAUCUGCCUGGAUAGAUUUGACAACGUUGCAUAUCUAGAUCGCUGCUUGCAUAGGUUCUGCUUCCGCUGUGUCCAAGAAUGGUCAAAAAACAAAGCAGAAUGCCCACUCUGCAAGCAGCCCUUUUUUUCCAUUUUCCACACGAUUCGUGCUGAAGAUGACUUCAAGGAGUACAUACUCAGCCCUUUAGAAACCAGCUCUUUUGCCAGCCCUGAUGGCCGGAGAUUUCGUUAUCGCACCACCUUAACCAGGGAACGGCGCGCGCGCAGUUCCCCUUCCCGAAGGAUGCUGUCCUCUCCAGAUAACGGGAUGUUGUUUGAAGGGCUGUCAAGCGAGCCAACGCGACACAGGCACAGAGAGAUUCAGCAGAUGAUCAGGAGGCUGGCCUCGAGGAGAAAGGCGAGCGCAGAGGGCAGAUCUCUGCGACAGAUCCAGGAGGAGGACAUGAUCAACUUCCGCAGGGCUCUGUACCGCACUGGCGUGCGCAUCCGCAGCAUUCAGGACGGUGGCCGAUACCGAGAGAUUUCGGCAGAGUUCUUCCGCCGCAACCCUGCUUGCCUUCACCGCUUGGUUCCUUGGUUGAAGCGGGAGCUUACAGUCCUGUUUGGUGCCCAUGGAUCUUUGAUCAAUAUCGUGCAGCACAUCAUCAUGAGUAACGUAACUAGAUACGAUCUGGAAAGUCAGGCCUUUGCUGAUGAUAUAAAGCCAUUUCUGCUGAAUCGGACAGAGCACUUCCUACAUGAAUUCAUCAGUUUUGCUCGUUGUCCUUUUAACUUAGAAGCGUAUGAUCAGCACGCCAAUUAUGACUGUCCUGCACCAUCAUAUGAGGAAGGAAGCCACUCAGACUCAUCAAUUAUUACAAUAUCUCCAGACGUGGCAUACCCACAAGGGCCGGAUAAUAGCUUGUCUGUGCCUGGCCUUGGUCAGGCUCCCUGGGAUGAUGAAACUCCAGGGCCUUCCUAUUCCAUUUCAGAAGAGGUUCGUGCAACCAUAGCUUCUCCUCUAGAGUCAUCAGAAAGUUCUGAUGAGGACUCUGUUACAGGGAGUAGAAGAGCCCAACUGCCAACUGAGUUACAGGCUAAUGCUGACUCAAACGACAGUGGCUCUUCCUCAGACAAUUGUGUCAUUGUUGGGUAUGUGAAGCCAUUAGCUGAGAGGACACCAGAAGUGGUUGAGCUGUCCUCUGACUCUGAGGAUUCCAUUAAAGAAGAGAGAAAGGAAGAUGUCAAGAAGCAGCGACCGGUCCAGCAUCACAGCUGGAGUGACAGUGAACCAAGCAGGAGCUUCUCACCACAUUCCCCAACAUAUAGGGAGGAUGUAGGAAUUCACAGAAGACAGAUGAGUGUCAUUAAAAGACCAUGUGAGCUUUUCUUCAGAGCUUAA